AUGAAGUUCCUGAAUACACAAAGCAUGAAAAGAAUCCCAUUUUUGAGGUGGGGGGAGAGGAUUCCGCGCUCCACAUCAGCUGCUGCCAUGGUAUCCAUUGUUGACAAGAAGGCAAAAGUGCCAUUGGGUAGUUGCAGGAGUACUAAUAGGUGUUAUGUCCCUAAGCGAUGGGUUUACAAGCUGAGGUCGCAGUGGAAGAGAGCGAUCGGGUGGCACAAGAGCAGCAGCAGUACUACUUCACAGUUCAGCUAUGACAUCCGUAGUUACGCUCUCAACUUCGAUGACGAUGGCUGCCUUGAUCAGGUCCUUAGAAGCCGCGUUUUGUAG